GCCGCCGAACCGAAAAUGCCUUCCAAAUCGCAGCUUCUCUUGCUCGUUUUCGGGUUCUGCCUGAAUGCAGCUUUUUCGGCUGAUGUGGACUGCAGCAAGCGACCACCGUUUGUGAAUCCUAAAACCUGCUGUCCCAUGCCGGAAUUUGUUACCGCAGAGUUGAAGCAGAAGUGUCUUCAGUUCGAUGUGACCCCGUCGCCGCCGACGGAUAGUGGAUCUAUGGAGAGCAAGCGUCGCCAUCAUCAUCCUCACCCGCCACCUUGCCUCUUCUCCUGCAUCUUUAACGAAACCGGCAUCUAUCAAAAUCGGAAUCUGGAUCAGGGCAAGCUUACGAGCUACCUGGAGGUGGUCUACAAGGACAGCUCCGAUUUGCAGACCACGGCCACGCAAGCCUUCACCACCUGCGCCACCAAGGUUGCGGAGUUCGAGGCCAAUCUACCCUCUACUCGUCCCGCUCCACCUCCCGGAUUGCCCAUUUGUCCUCAUGAUGCCGGUCAUCUAAUGGGAUGUGUCUUCCGGAAUCUGAUGAAGAACUGCCCCGACUCCAUUCGCAAUGAUUCCCAAGAGUGCACCGAGGUGCGUGAGUUCUUCACCAAGUGCAAGCCACCUCGUGGCGGACCUCCUCCUCCCGGAGAGGACAACUAAAGCACAAAGGUGCUCCCUUCUGCCUGAAAACCGCAAUGAACGUACACACAUAUCUCCUAUUCAUUCCUUCAAUUUUUUUUCAAUUUCAAGCAAUAAAUACUUAAAGCUCAA